CAUAAUGCGAUCAGGGCUCCCGCUCAAGUGGAUUGUCUUUUCAACUUGGACAACAUAUCGUUCACCAACUUGCAUCACAACUACCAUACUCAAGCAUACCUUACUCAGCCAACCCGGGCCCAAACAUGCCUGGACAGGAGCAGAAACUGCCCAGCAUACGUCGAUUACGAUAUCCAGGUGCAAUGGCAUCUAUGCCCGAGUUGUCUCAAGAUGGGAAUUCAAUGUCCAAAGACCGGUCGGAGAAAGACGCGACCUGCUUAGACAGUCGUUAGACGACGCCAUUGCCAACAGUCGCUCGGAAGUUGAUGAUUCCCCCACUGUCACCCUUGACUCGGUUAGAAAGACGGGCAAGCGUGACGAUUUCCCGAGUGUGUCCGUUUCUAAUCCGCGUUCUUUGAAAAGGCCUAGACCUGAGGAGAAGGAGAAGGAGAAGGAGAAGGAGGCCGCCAGAGACAAGGACUGGAAGGCUCUGGAGGUCAAGAUCAAGGCGUUGGAAGAGCAGUGGGUGAGAAACAGGAAGGAGAUCCAGGCUCUGAAGCACAAGUAUGAAGAGAUUCAUGUAAAGGUCGAGGCUCUUGAGAGAGAGUUGAGAGGUGGAUCUAUCUAUGUGAUCCGAAUCUAAGGAUGGGAAGCCCGUACGGUCUGCCUGUGAGACCUUGAACUGGUCUCAAGGGAUCAGAACUGUAUUGGCUUGGAUUACUGGUAUGGAUUAUUUGUCGUCAACGUGUAAUGAGACAUUGGAUGUGCAUGUAUGGAGCGGUCGAGCUGAAGAUA